AUGUUCAGUACCCUACGGCAAACGUUUGGUGAUGGAGACCGACUCCUCAGCGUGGAGAUCGCCCCGCCCUUUGACAAGGACAGGACGUCCAUGCGCACUGCUUGUGAAAGAUGUCGCGCACAAAAGUGCGUGAGCGGUGAGAACGGCUGUAUGCUAUGCGUUGCCAAAAACCGGAAAUGCGAGUAUUUGGUCAUCUCGAGGCCUCAACGCCGCACGUCCAGCGUCGCUAGUGGCGGUUCAAAGUCACGGAACGGCGAUGAUGAAGAUGAUGACGACGACGACAGCAACAACAGCACAGUCGCCAACCAACACAAGCAGGCGCAACAGGUGAGGAGACACAAACGCCGUUCUCGAGCUCAGUCUAUGAGACAAUCGUCGCCACUAACAACACAUUUAUCAUCCCCCAAAGACCACCAAAGGGUCAUAACAGCCCCGCAGCCUUCCCCUCAGGAUAGCACCACAAACAGCAUCACAACAGGGCCAGACGUGGGCCUAGAAGAUGCAGAGCAGCAGUUUCUCAGCACCCUCUUCCCAGACUCCCUUGGGCAGAUGCCAUCUGUGUUUCCGCACUUCAGCCCGGAUUUCUUUGGCAAUAUGGCCGGUCUUACGCCCACGGCUACCUCAGAAAGUCAGGCAGGCCAAAGUGGUGUUGGUUUCACCGCCGAAGCAUUGACCACUCGGAGAGACAGCAGUAAGCAGAGCAACCACACAUCUGUAUAUUCAUCCUCGUCGGCAGAUAGCCUGUUCGAAUAUGGGAUCGACCCGAUGGACUUUCUGUUGGAUGAAUCUCGUGUCUCUACAGCAGUGGCUCCCAGUGGUGCACAUGACACUAACCGAGCCACGACCAAGGCUCGGCCCGCCGCCGCCCAUUCUUCGACAUCGCCAGAAUCAGUUGCUACUUCUGCUGCUUCUUCGUCAUGCUGCUGCAUGAUGACAGCCGUCAGCAUCUACGAGACCAUGCAAGCUCAGCUAGUCUGGGGCGAUCCUAUGGCUGGCCCAUCCACGGCAUCAACUCCCAGCUCUACGUCGGCGGGCUCUUCAUACUCAUCUGGGCUAUCUUGGUCAGGUUCAGAGUCAGGGUCAGGUAUUGGAACAGCCACGACAGCGUAUCAGUCAGCGUUCCCUCUCAUGACUCAGCAAACGAUCCUGAAGCGCCAGAAGAUGAUACUUCUCCGUUGCGACUCCCUUGUCAAUUGUGGCACCUGCUGGUCACGUCCAGACUUCGUGAUGCUUAUAAUGACUAUGUGCGAUCGCAUAUUGACAAGCCUGGAGGCAGUUGAGCGUUUCGUUUGUAGUAGAAACGACGAGGAGAUGAGCAAGGCCAGUUCCAAUGGCACCGCUACUGCCCUAGACAUGCAGACCAUGACAACACCAUCGCGCGCGGGGCUAGAGGUGCCAUCCCUGUCCCGAUCGUCCCAAAUGCUGCAGCCCGGGGUAGGUGCAUGGCAGAUCGACGACGACGAUGAGAUGGAACUGGUUGUUAGCCUGAUCAAGUCCCGCGUGACGAGACUCGGCAAUCUGAUCACAAUGGCUGAGGGGACAAUAAGCGCAAAUGCAUGGCCUUGGCAUGAGAGGCUAGUCCAGGCUCUGCGGAAGAGAUCUAACAAACUUCUCAUAUCCUUGUCUUUUCGACACUUUGCUUGA